GAAAGCCUGCCUGCUAUGGAAGAUGUUGGUGAUUUAACUCAGUCAUCGGAGACAGCCUCAGAGUAUAGCAGGCCUCCCUGCCCUGAUUAUGAAGCUAUACUGAAGCUCGUUGAACGUCUCAGCCUGGAAUGCAAAGAUUCUGGUAGCCUAUUAAAAAUCCAGAAUGCAAUUCAUUCAUAUAAAAGGUUAACACAACUGAAAACUGGUCACUGCAAAGUACUUCAAGAGAAACUUCAAACAGUGGAGAAUGAAGUCAACGGACUACGUAAGAAGCUUGCAGACACAGAACGUGAACAACUCCAACAAGGACAAGAACUCUGCAAUGUAAGGUUUACUUUAAAACAAGAAGAAGAGAAGAGAAAAAUUGCCGUCUGGGUUUAUGACAAAAUGAAGGAGCAGCUGAGAGAAAAAGAAGAUCAAUAUAACAAAGAAGUUAAAAUGAAACAAAAACUUGAAAUUCGUGUUAGGGAACUGGAUAUGGAACUGAAGACUGUGAGACAUAAUCUUAACACAGUUUUAGAGGAAAGAAACUGCAUUGAGAGACAACUUUUCCAAGAACAGAGCACCAGAAUCAUACAGGAUGAGAUUCUGGCAAAUCACCUUCACAAACAAAAGGAGCUAAAAAUGGCACAAGAAAAAAUUAGCUCUCAGUUACAGGAAGCACUGGACCAACACAUAGAGCCCGCCCAAUGCGCGGAGGAGAUGCAGGACUGCAUACAAAAACUUGGACUUGAAAAUCACAAGUUAAAAGAGACAGCAAGAAAGCAAGCAGAGAAAAUUGAACAGUUAAAGAAAAAUCUACUAAGUGAAUUUAAGAGUGAUGAUCUUACUGAAAAACUGGAAUCUGCAUCUGACAAAUAUCUACACCUCUAUGAACAAAAUCAGCUGCUUCGGCGGGAGUUACUGUCUAUGAGAACAACACAAAGGAAAUGUGAAAAACUAAAGAAGCAUAAAAAGAAGUUAGAACAGGAAGUAGUUAGCCUCAGAAGUCACAUGAAAAGGAAUAUGAUAGAGUGUGGCCAACUAGAACAGUAUAAAUGGGAAAUCGAAGAGAAGACAAAGCAGGAAUUGGUGGGAAAGUUAAAACAAGUCAACCUAUUCUUGCAGACACAAGCAGCGUAUGAAGACAAGCUAGAGAAGUUAAGACAGAAACAGAACGCUUCAGUGCGAACUCAGAUGGAGCUCAGAAUAAGGGACCUGGAGUCUGAAUUCUCUAAGAUGAAAAGUCAAGUUGAUUGUAAUCAAAUAGAAAUGGAAAACUAUAAGCAGCUCUACCUAGCGGAAGUGAAAAUUAGAAAAUCAUUGUCAAAUAAAUUAAGCAAAACAGAUGAAAGACUGGCAGAGGUCAAAACCAAACUUCUCCUGGAGAGGAAACAGAACAGAGCUUCCCAAUACAGCAUGGUGGACAAAAGGCCUGCCUUGGAGCCCACUUGUCCUAGAGACAGUAAUAAAUUUUUCAUUCCAAGAAGUUUCUCAGGCGAAAUCAUGCUUCCUAAGUCAGACCUCUGGCACUCAAUUGAGACCAUGGAAAAUUGCAAGACCAAGAAAGAAGCUUCUUGGAUGGACGCUGAGACGAGCCCAGGUCCACAGCUCCUGAUGAAUCUGAAUCUGGACUCUGUAGAGUUCUCCUCUAGAGUUUACUCAUCUAUGAAGCUAGAGUCUUCCUAG